UGUCAGCCCGCGGAGCCGCAGCCUGUGUCGAACUGAGACGCCAGUGCGGCUGCUUCCUGCUCCGGAGCGGAUGGAGACUCAACCUUGGAGAAGGACGAAUGCGGGGUUUGUUUCAGCCUAUGCGUGCCUUUCCAGCGGCGGAAGGACAGGGCAGAGCGAGCAGCAGACAUCAGCGGUGAUCUUCAGGAGACGUAAACAUUGCCAUGCCCUGCUGCAUGCACCACCUUCUGCGAUCCGUCUCCUCCUUGUCCUCCGAGCUACUGUUAACAGAAAACAGCAGAGAAGAGUAGGAAAAUAACCCUGCUGCCGAAGGUACAUUAUUUUAGAGAUGUGGUGAAGUUGCGUGUGGGAUAGGAGGCUGCAGCCGUCUGCACUGAAGGCAUCCUGCAUCCUGACUGCUGUGUCCGUGUUUUGCGGUCAUGCUGCAGGCAGCAUCCUCCGAGCUGUUCCCGACCUGAGCUGCUCUCUCUGGGAUUUACAAGUUCCUGAAAGCAGACAACUAGUAGCUCCAAUUCCUAAUGUUAUGGAGUAGUGUUUUGUAUUCUUGGACUUUUCCUUCUUCUUUGUAACACUGAACAUUUUUCCUUCGCAGUUUGGAGUUGUAUUACUCACAGAUGCUUUAGCCCCAAACUGCCGAAACAUAUGAUGAUCUGCAGGCUUUUUGAGUGUCUUACCAUUACUCAAACCUGCCUCGGCAUGACUUCUUGGUAGGACUGGUCUUGUUAUUUUCACAGUUCACAUUAAACGCAACACCAUGGGUGCCAAGCAGACCAAAGGCCAGGAGCCCGGAGGACCGAGCCCUCAGCACAGCUGGAAGCGGACCCCCACCAGGGAGCGGGGGGACAUCCUGGCCUCCCUCAUGCUGAAGUCAGGGGACCGGCUGGGGCGUGGAGGGACGCCGCCGCCUUACCAGCGCCGCAUCGGCAUGAUCCAGGAGAUGAUGCUGAUGGCCAAGCAGGGCAAGCAGGACGAGGCCACGGAGAUGCUCAAGACACUCCGACAGGACCUGGGCAUGGAGUCAACCUCUCUGGAUGACGUGUUGUACCGCUACGCCAGCUUCAGAAACCUGGUCGACCCCAUCACGCAUGACCUGAUAAUCAGCCUGGCACGAUACGUGCACUGCCCCAAGACGGAGGGCGACUCUCUCGGGGCGAUGGAGAAGGUUUGUCGUCAGCUGACCUACCAUCUCAGCCCCCACUCUCAGUGGAGGAGACAUGGUCUGCUCAAGAGGAAACCUCAGGCCUGUUUGAAGGCGGUGCUGACGGCCCCUGUGUCCAACGGGUCGUUGGAUCUGUCCGGUAUUCCUCUGGCUGCUCGGGACAUGGAGCGUCUGUGUGCACACCUCCAGCGCCACACGUCCAUCCUGGGCAGCCUGGAGCUGGGCUUCACAGAUCUGACCGACGAGGCCUUCCUCCUGCUGCUGCCCACGCUGGCCGCCCUGCCUCACCUGGAGACUCUGGCUCUGAACGGGAACAGGCUGACCAGAGCCGUUCUGAAGGAGCUGACCGACGCCCUGAAGGACCCCUGCAGUUUCCCCAGCGUGACGUGGAUCGACCUGGGCAACAACGUGGACAUCUUCUCUCUGCCGCAGCCCUUCCUGCUCAGCCUGAGGAAGCGCUGCCCCAAGCAGGGGAACCUCCCCACCAUCCUGGAGUUCGGAGAGAGUCAGGCCAGCGAGCCCCCCGAGAGGCUGAGGGGGCUCGGGGAGGAGGAGGAGACGGACGACAACCGCACCGAGAGCAUGGGCGAGCUCCGGUCGGAGGUGGAGGAGGAGCUGGACGGGGAGAUGGAGAUCGAGGAGAUGAUGGAGGAGCUGCUGGACUUUGACCGGGAGGUGCAGGGGAAGGAGGACGAGGACGAGAGCAUGUGGACGCUGGAGGAGCAGAGGAGAGGGAUGGGCAGGGGGAGGAAGGGGGGGUGGAGAGGGGAGGAGAAGGAGGCGCAGGGGAGGCGGGCGCUGAUGGCGGACGAUGACGACGACACGCACAGUCUCUCCUGCUCCAGCCAGUCGCAGCACUCCUCCGGAGCCGUGGAGCCAAUGAAGGUGGAGGAGGAAGACUUGGACGAUGUGACGGACCAAUCGGAUCACUUGACCUGAUUGCUGCUUCCUGCUCCGCUUACGUUUCCCCCUCCUGUGUCGAGUCCUGUGUGGAUGGAGGCAAAAGAGGACUGUCUCCCUCAGAGGAGAGAGCUCAAAGUCAAUCCGACUGCAGUGUUCGGACGAUGUCAUCCAUAUGAGCAUGUCACUGGACACUACAUCCACUGAUCUGUGAGCGCACAGCUGAACCCAGGUGACUCGUGGUGACCGAAACACGAGAAGACAAUCCCCCACAGGACGUCUGUUUUAUCCUAACCGUCUGUUUUGAACUACCAAUAGACUGAAGGAUGAUAAAACAUAGAUUAGGCUGAUUACUUAUAUCACGUGAGGCUUUUAUGUACAGUUAAUCUUUAUUCAGGUCCUUUCCUCCUGGUAACCCUGGUGAUACCUACAUGUGCCUGUAACAUGUCCCAAGUGUGUUUAAAUAUAUAAAAAAAGUAAGUUACACACAAGCUAGUCAAGGCCGUUAAACCUUUAAAAUACUGUUUUUGCCAAAAAUCUAGAAAUGUAUCAAAUGUUUCCCUCCCACAUACAUAACCAGAUGGAUGGGAGGACAGAAGGGAAUCCAUCGUUAAGCCAACUAUCAUUUGCUUCUUAAGGAACGAACAGAUGCUCGCGCUUUAGCGGACAGACAGAAGUACUAUGAAGAUGAAAUAAGUCAGCUGAAACCAAAAGAAAAACAACUGAUAAAGAAAAGGACAGAUGAUUGUAGGGACACAAGUGUUCUGUUGUGGUCUCCAGUAUACAGUAUAGAUGUGAUGAUCUUGUUGCCGUGUGUCCCGAAGCAAAGUGUCCAGCUAUCGUGUUGAAAUAUGUCGUUGCCUUUUUCCCAUAAUCCAGGUCAUGCUUCAUUCCACAGCACGUGUGCCUCACAUGCUUACAGUGCUGUUUUUAUGUUGUACGCUGGGUUACGACCACUUCUAUCUGUACGCAGUAUGUAGCUCUCACCCGGCCUGUGCUUUCUGCUCAUGCGUCACUUAUAGUCCAC